CUAGAAAUAAGUUUCUAUCAUUUGGUAUUAGAGCCAUCAUGAGCUCAUCAAAGCUCACCGAUCCGGAAGAAGUGAAGAGGAAGGAAGAGCCGGCGACGCUCCAGGAGAAGAAGAAGUUGAGCUGCCGGCAAACCUGGAGAAUAAGGAGCCGUGGAAGGGCUUGACUGGAGACAGGAGGAGGUCGAGGACAAGGCAGCCUGUCGGGAUGGAAGAACCGAGCCUUGAGGAGCCUGCACCGAAUCUGGAUUUUGAAGAGGUAAUAUCCGGAAUAACCCCAAUCCCAUUGACAAUUCCAAUCGAGGGCAGGAAAUUUAAGAAGAAGAAGAAGAAGAACGAGGACGACGACGGCGGGACUCUCUACUCGCCGAGGAAGAGGAAGAAGAAGAAGAAGUGGAAGCCGGAUCUCGACGUCAGAAUCGACCGCCGACGGAAAGCACGGGCGAAGGAGGUGACAGAGAGGGAGAGAUGCGCCGGUGGCAUCACCUCUCCGCGCUCUGCUCGAGAAUCCGGCGAGGCAAUCUGCCCGUCGGUCGCGAAGGGAGAAGAGGCGGCACGAUCUCUGGCAGCGACUAAGGCCAGGCAGGCGGAGUCCAGGACCAGCGCGAUGGGAAAGAUCAUGCCACGGCUGGCGGCGACAGCUGUUGCAUCGAACGGCGGGGAGAGGCAGCCUCGCCGCCGGGUGCGUUGGUCGGAGAAGGAGGAGUUGACGGCGGAAGAGGAGGCAUCGACGGCGGGCGGCGCGAUGAGGAAGAUGAAGGAGGAGGAUGGUGGCAGCUGUGUUUUCAAAAACCCUAGGCCUCCUGAUUCGGAUUGAGGGGCACGACAGCAGCGGCUCUCCCGAUCGGGCCAAGCAGAUGGGGCUGCCUCAUUGGAUGGACUAAGAUUAGUGUGUCAUCUUUUAGAGAAAGCCCAGAUAAGCAUUCGUCAAAGGAUGGGCCGUGAGGAGAGUUUUCUUGGAUUUUUCCUGGGUCUGCCCCGCCAGCAGAGUAAACAAAAGGAAGAUCA